UCUUCGUGGUUGAAUCAAGAAAGAACAAUGAUGACUGAUUUGUUGAAGUUGACGUUAUUUGCUUACCUCGUAGCUGUGGGUCGGUGCCAAACCGAACCGACCGUGGAGCCGGACCCGGCCUUGAAUGAAUUUGGAUUCCUAGCUGACGAUCCUGAUUCUAAUUAUCCCAAUGCUUCGUGGACGGUGAAACGUAACGAGUACAUAUGUUACGGUGACCCCCAUUGCUACCAGUCUGUGUUCGCAGAUGCUACUGGCUUAGGAAAUGAUGAAAUCUGCUAUAGGGUUAGAGGUGACUCGGAUGCUUGGUACAACAUCUGGAACCACACAGUAUUUGGGGUAGAAGUAGACUGUCACUUCAACAGACCGAUACCAGGAAAUGCCUUAUAUAUUGAUGAAGUCAAUAUUAUAGCGAGUUACCGAGAUGUGAAUGUGAAAUUGGUUGGUAACAGACUUGUCCAUUUAGCCGGACUUGUUAAAGGAGGAACUGGGUCGGUGACAAUCGACGUGCUGGGUUUAAAAGAAAUUAUCAUCAAAAUCGACGGCAAUGUAUACAUAUGCCUGCGUGCAAAAGUUAACAAGAUAUUUGUAUACAUUAGGAUCUUGAGACAAGUGCCGAAAGGGGCCUUACAAGGAAUAAUGGGGGCGGUUGAGAACCAGGCAAAAGCUGUUGUUGAUAAUGGUACAACUCUUGAACUUGAAGAUAACACAGCACAUCCUCUUGGACCUGAGGAAUGGCAUAGAUGGUAUUGCAGAAGACCGCUUCCUAGAACGUGUUACAGACUCUUGUCAUUAUCCGUUUUGAUACCAGAUCUUAACGUCUACAAACUUCCGUAAAGCAGAACAUAUUUCAAAACAGACCACUUGUUUGGACAUGGACUUUAUGAACCGUUACUAUGAUCAAGAUACAAAUCCAUGAAUUUUCAUGUCACAUCGAAGCAAUAUUCCCUAAAUUGUAAUGACUGUUUGUGAACAUUUCGAACUGAACAAAUAAAAUUGUUGAUCAAAA